ACGCUUGAGGCUGUUAUGGAGCACAUACGAGUCCUGCUCCUACUAUGUAUCACAACGGUUUUGGGUAACCCCUGCAUAAACUGGACAUUGAACUCCAUGCCAUACCCAAAUGAUUGCCAGAGCUACAUAGUAUGUUGGAUGUCGAAACCUUAUGUACGAGCGUGUCCGAACAACUUAUACUAUGACGUGAAAUCAAAUAAUUGCCAGCCAUUGGUAGCAACUAUGUGUUGUAAUGUAUCAUUCCCAUUCGAAAAACAAGUGCUUAACCUACCUCCAGCCCCAGGUGAUGUCGGCGUACAAACAAAGAGGCCUAAACGUCCAUUCACAAGACGCAUCUUACCACCUCUUACAUCAAGUGUUCAUACGACCCUCUCGACUACGACUACUCAAGAAACAUCAACAAAAUUAUCACCAAUAACUGCAACAAUGAUAACGGAAAAUCUAUCAACUGGUGAAGAUAUAUCACAACAAACGACAACUAGAUCAUCUGUAACUAUAUCAAGUACUCCCGCAACAACAAUAUAUUACCCGUUGUCUACUCAAAAUUUUACGAAUACAGCCACGACAGAUCACGAAACAGAAUCAAUUUUCUCAACAGCAAUACCUACUAAAGCGACUCAAUAUCAACCAACAUCAACUUCACAACAAGAAAUCACUAAAUUAUCAUCACCAACAGAAGCAACGACAUGGCAAACGAAAUUUGAUUUAACGACAUUAUUAAAUACAGAAACGACUCUAAUACCAUCUGUCGCAACAACAUUACGUGAAAAGACAACACAAAAAUUUAGUACAACAGAAACAGGUACAACGGCCACUAGUACUGCAAUAAAACGUAACGAAACUAGUACUGAAUCCUUGACCAGUAAAGUGCCUUUAUUAAGUACGACUGAAUCAACAUUUUCAUCUACUACUGAUUCUCUGUUUACAGUGACUUCUGUUACUGAUCUGUCCACAUUAAGUAGUGAUACAACAAACAUACCAAGUACGAAAGAAACACCUGCAGUAUCAACUGAACAAACAUCUAGGAUCAAUCCAUCAACAAUAUUAAUCACUACUUCACCAACAGAGUAUAUGACAAGCAGUCACUCUGUAACAGCUACUGUUCCGGAAAUAUCAACAAUAUUAAAUUCUAGUGAGAUGGAUAUAUAUGAAGUAACUACGGAAAAUACUAUACCAUUUACAAUAAGUCAACCAACAACAACCCCAGCUAGUAAUUUGAAUACAAAAACUGACACAACUCCAUCUAUUACUUUACCAACUUUAAAGACAAGUACAGGAAUAUAUUCUACUACUCAAGUAACUGAGGAAAUCAAUACAAAUAAAAUAACAACUGUAUAUACAACACCUUCCACAGCAGCACCGACAAUGAUAACUAUAAGAUCAACGACAGAACUACCAAACACUACUAGUAAAGAAACUGAUAAAACCGUAACAGAAACACACAUGACAACUACCGACAUGCCAUCAUCAAAGUAUACUACAGAUUUAAAUUUAACAUCAACACCCGUAACAACAUCAUUACCUUCUGAAACAACAGUCAAUGAAUCACAAACUACUACAAACACAUAUUCAACAGCAGAAGAAACAUCAACGGAAACAGGUGAAACGAGUACAUCAAGUUCCUCGACUGAAGCUUCAACUAUCGCAAUAGCAGAGAAUUCAAGUACAAAUACAAUACAAGAAACCAGUACAUUUGAAUCUCCUUCAACAGCAAGCAUUAAUACUGAUAUUUCAACAACUAUAAGCCCUAUAACAAAGACCACGGAGCUGCUUAUAACUGAAUCUACUACAAUACCACAAACCACAAUAUCUGAAAAUAUAUCUGUUACAACCACAGAACCAAAUGGUACAUCAAUAACUUUUUCAACUUCACUUCCAACGUCAACAUCAGCUGUGACAUCUGAGCCGCUCAUAACAAGCACAGAACAUUCGACCGAUGUCCCAAUAAUUACUAAACAAACUUUACCAUCUUUAUCUACAAAACUCUCUACAAAAUCGGAAUUUAUAACUACUACAUCAAGUGAAUCAGAUAAAACUACAUUAUCUAUUAAAUCUACGUUACCAUCAUUAUCAACAAAAGUCACGCCUGAAUUAGCAACUACAGUACCAGAAUUAAUUUCUACAUCAACAAUACUGCCAACGACAGAUAAACUAUCAAGUACAACUGAGCCUGUGACGCUUACGCCAUAUACAGAUAAAUUUUCAUCCCAAGCAACAACAUUUACUGGUAGUCCUAUAAUUACUUUAUUGACGGAAGCAACACAGCCUGAUAAUAAAUUGACAUCGACUGUACAGCCCUUGCCGCCUGUAACUUCUACUGAAGCUACCUCAGAAAUUACAUCAGGUCUGUCAACUACAGAUAAGGAACCAAUGACAACAGAAGCAGGUCAAUCAACAGCACAUAUGUCAACUGUUGUGUCAUCUGAACCAACACAACAUACUACAGUUUUAAUACCAUCAUCAACAUUAUUAACAACUCCAACAGAUGCUACAAUUACAGAAACAGUCCCAUCGACAGCCGGAAGUACAUCUUCAGAAUCUAGUGCAAAUAUUAGCACAAAGUUAACAACGGCUUUGCCUGUGUCACCAGAAUCCACACAACAUAUUUCAACUGAAACUCAAUCUGUUCCCAGUAUUACUGCUACUACUAUUAGUGCAACAACAUCUGACAUAGUAAGUACUAUUUCAACAACAAGGGACUUAAUUACAACGGCAACUGAACAAAUAAUAACGACCAUGGCCUCGAGUGCAACUAGUGAUAAUACGUCACCUUCGGCUUCAACAGAGAAAUCAGGAGUAACUCUGACAACUUCUGAUGCAAAUCCUAUAACAGCCACCAUGCCUUCAAAUGAAAUUGAGCCGACAGAUACUACAUGGUCAACAAAAGAUUUUACAUUAACAACACGGUUAAUACUACCAUCGAUACCUUCUCCACUGCCAUAUUUGACAACUAAGCAAGAGAAAUUAAUAACAACACCAGCCACAAUAAAAACAGAUCUCGAUGGAGCAGCGACAACUCCUUCUUCGGUAAAAGUAUCAACUAACACAACGCCUUUAUCAACUAUUACACCUUUUGUUACCAAGCAAACUGAUAUACCUAUUAUACCAUCUAGUACAAUAUUGCCUCAAACUGAAGCUAGUGUUAGCACGUCAUAUUCUGCUUCAACUACAAUAAAAACUGAAACAAUAUCUGAUGGACAAACAUCGACAUUUACGAUCUCUGACUCCACGACGUCAAUCGAAAAAAUGAACACUACUUCAAAUCCUCAUACUACAAUCUCAUUUACAACAGAACAAGAAACAUCUACAAUAAAAAGUGAAUUGAGUACCCCUGAUUCCUCAGCUGCAACUUCAACUGCUGCAAUAACAGAAGAACCUAGUACAAAUACAAUACAAGAAACUAGUACAUUUGCAUAUCCAACGACAGCAAGUAUUGAUAUCAGUACAUCAACUAUAAGCCCUGUAACAAAGAUAACAGAGUCUACGACUGGAUCUACUACAGUGCAACAAACAACAGACACUGAAGAUAUCGAUGUACCUGGCACAACAUUUCAACCACAUGAGACAACAAUGAACAUUUCAACUUCACUUCCAACAUCAGCUAUAACAUCUGAGCCGCUGAUAAUAAGCACACAACAUUCGACCGAUGUUCCAAUAAUUACUAAACAAACUUUACCAUCUUUAUCUACAAAAUCCUCAACAACAUCGGAAUCUGUACCAUCAACAUCAGCGACUAGUACACCUAAAUCUCUAACAACAGAAAACGUUGAAAUUGAUGAUUCAACAACUAUAAGCCCUAUAACAAAGACAACGGAGCUGCUUAUAACUGAAUCUUCUAAAUUGCCACAAACCACUGUAACUGAAGAUAUAUCUGGCACAACAGCACAACCUCAUGAAACAACAAUGACUUUUUCAACAUCACUUCCUACGUCAGCAUCAGCUGUAACAUCUGAGCCGCUCAUAACAAGCACCGAACAUUCGACCGAUGUCCCAAUAAUUACUAAACAAACUUUACCAUCUUUAUCUACAAAACUCUCUACAACAUCGGAAUCUGUAACUAUAACAUCAAGUGAAUCUGAUGAAACUACACUAUCUAUUAAAUCUACAUUACCAUCAUUAACAACAAAAGUCACGCCUGAUUUAGCAACUACAGUACCAGAAUUAAUUUCUAAAUCAACGAUACUGCCAACGACAGAUAAAGUAACAAGUACAUCUGAGCCUGUGACGCUUACGUCAUAUACUGAUAAAUUUUCAUCCCAAACAACAACAUUUACUGGUAGUCCUAUAAUUACUUUAUUAACGGAAGCAACACAGCCUGAUAAUAAAUUGACAUCGACUGUACAGCCCUUGCCGCCUGUAACUUCUACUGAAGCUACCUCAGAAACUAUACCAGAUCUGCCAACUACAGAUAAGGAACCAACGACAGAAAUAGAUCAAUCUACAGCACAUGUGUCAACUGAUGUGUCAUCUGAACCAACAAAACCUAGUACAUUAUUAACAACAGCAACUGAUUCUUCAAUUACAUUAACGGACUCAACGACAUCCCAUCACUCAAUUAUUACAACUCCACAGCCUAGAUCAACUAUAAACACAGAGUUAACAACAUCUUUGCCUGAUACAUCACAACCCACACAACAUACUACAUCUGAAACACAAACUAUUCCCAGUAUUACUACUACUACUGUAGCAACAUCUGAUAUUACCACUACGUCACCAAAGAGAAAUGAUAUCACAACUACUAUAUCAGAUACUACAAGCAAUCAAUCAGUAAGUCACAUAACAACAACAUCUAAACUUUUGCCAACGGAUUCAGAAAAAACAGAUACUGACUUAAUCACGACAUCAACUAAACUUAUGACGACCACUUUAUCGAGUGCAACUAGUUCACCUUUAGUUUCUUCAAUUGAACCAGAAGUAACUUUGAUAAGUACGACUACCAACGAACCGACAGCGAAUGAACUGACGACAAAAGAAACAAUAAUAGAGUCUACAUUAACAACACUUAGUUCCACUGCAACGAUUUCUGAGUCUACUUCGACUACGGUAUUUUCUGGUUUCACACUACCAUCUUUCCCCAAUAAGUCUUCAGUCUCACCUACAGAAAAAUCAAAUAAAAUUGAAUUACCUACUCCUCUGACAAAAAGAACCACAACAGAUCAUUCGACACGUUUAACAUUACCAACAAUGUUACCGGGAGUUAAAACAACAACUUCGAUCACAAGACCUUCGUUACCCCCGAUACCACCAACCGAAUCACCUUGCGAAUACUAUGGAAAAGCUCAACAAGAAGCUCUUAAGCGUCAACCGCUACCUUUGUGUAGAGAAAGCGAUGACUACCAAUACCCAGAUUUUCACAACUGCAGCACCUACUACAAGUGUUCCAGAGGAACCAUGUCAAGACUCGAUUGUCUUCCUAACCAAGAAUUCAGCCCUCGAGCACUUAGAUGCAUGCCUGUGUCAAAAGCGAAAUGUCAAAAGCACAUAUCAUUGAAUGAGCAGAAAGUCUUUUUAGAUUAUUUCGUGCUCUUCAACAACGCAAUGAAAAGCUACGAAAGCAAAUGAAACAAAUAAAACGAAACGGAAUUUAAAAAUAAACUAAUUAAUUUAUUGAACGAAGCGGUCGCCAUGUUAAAAAAAAUUGCUUUAUAUAAUUGUUACAAUAAUAUGUGAAAUAUUUAUGUAUAUUUAAAACGGAUUUUUAUGGAUUAUUGAAGAAAUUAUCCGUGAAAUCAAAAUAAAAUACAUUUUUUUUAUAAUAAAAUAUAAAAAAAUAUAGUGUUUGUCAUGAUAUAAUUAUUAUAAAAUUUUAAAAAAUAUUUUUAUAAUGCUAUUGUAUCAAAAAAACAAUAAAAAUUGAAAUAAAUGUAUCUUAUUUUAAUUAAUACAUGCAAUCUGAUAACCAAUAAUAUAUCUGAAGGCCUUUUUGCGUGCCGUGGUUAGGAACUACAAUACAACGGGAACCAUUUUUUCCAACAAACAACCUUGAGUGCUAUUUCAUUUCAUCAGGGUCAAUUCUACAAACGAAUUGUUACCCAAUCGGAAUCGAAUCGAAACGUUAUUUGCUGUUGGGUCAUUUUUUAUAUUCUACUAACACAACGAUCCAUUUGCGAUUCAGUCGAUGUUGGAUCGUAAGCAUUAUAGAUUAUGAGAAUUGUCUCCAAGUUACAAUUUGACUGACAUCUCGUUUUGAGAAAUAGAAUCGAUAACGUUUCCAAACCGUUAUAAAUAAGUAGAAUUGAAAGAUCUUCAGUAAUUACAGACACGAGUAUUGACUAGGUCCAAAAACAUGGGAUCACGUUAUUAAUCCCAGUUUAGUGGCCUAGUCGGCCUAAAUAAAGUUAUAAUGUUAGAACGAUUUACAUUAUUUGAAAAUGAUUAUCAAUAUGCAACCUAGACAGGCGGUCUACAGACACCAUUCAGCUUUACUUAAUUAUUUUCAACUCUAUAAGCAUAUUCAUGCCUACAUCUGUUUU